UACAAACCAAAACAAAGUUUUUGUGAUUCGACUUUUGGUAAUUUUUGCAAUAUCGGGCAGAAAAAGACAAUGGCCUCAGCUUCUAGCAGUUCAGCACGCCACCUUUUUGGUGACAGCAAAAAGCGACUUUGUGACCGGGUUGGAGUGAACGUAAACAACUUGGGUUCGGUAGCACGACAGGUUGUGCGUGGUUCUAAAUCAAAUGAGAUAUUAGGACAAACGAUCAAAAAUUUCACCCAAGUGGACAUUGUGUCAGAUUAUAGCAGUCAAAAUUUACAUAAAAUGCAGCUCAUACUGCAACAUGUUGAUUAUCAACAUGAGAUAAUGCUUGAUAGUGUAAAUCAUAUGGAUUACCUGAAGGAUCAAGUGACGGCCAUGGAAAGAUGAUUGGAAGAGAGUGGCUGUAGAAAUUAAACAUGUGCUUGUGAAUCUUUCUACGCCAACUUAUUUAAUAUUAAAUUUGUAUCUGUGCUGAUUUCAUUAAUUACUAUUUCUUUCUGUUAUUGUAUAUUAAUUAAAAAUUGGAUUUAAAAGUAAAAUGAAAUCAGUUCAUGACGGUGUGCAGGUGAUCGAUAACAUAGAAUAGAAUGUUGUAACUGUUAUCAAUCAUUACUUUAUUAAUCUGAACGACUUGAAAACUGAUGCGGACAUGUUACAAAAGAGCGGUGUCUUUUGGAACAGCAUUCCAUUGAAUGUAUUUUUUAAUUUUAUUUAGAAAUACGGAUAGAAUUUGUUAUGUUAAUGAAAUUGUGAACUUUCUUUAUAUGCUAGCCUUAGACGAUUCAGAUGUAAUUAAUUUUGUAAGAAUAUUGAAGACAUUUUUUAUUAUUCCAUUGAAAUAUUAUGAUUAUUGUAUAGUAUUGCGUCUAUGUGCAUAUUUGCUUUAAAGUCAGUUAAAGCUGCUAUCAAAAGUCAUAUGCUUGACUAAAAAAAUAAAACUUUGCACAUAUCGGACUUUAUGUACGAAUUGAUUACUAAAGAUAACUCGUUAUUAGUUAAGUAAACUGUUAGAUUGUUUUAUUACGUAGCCAUGCACUUAAAUUAAUCAAAACUUAUUUAGGUUAUACUAAUUUAGAAUGCCUCAAAAUGCAUUUUGUAAAAUUGAAUAUCGCACAGAGAACUUCUAACCUUAAAACUGGAAGCUUAUGAAAUUAAGUCAUGGUCAUGAACAUCUUAUUAACAUUGAGAACAGAAAACAUUGGACAAUUUUCUUGGUAUCUUAAUUACAUAUUUCUAUAGUUUCUUCGAUUUAAGGGGUAACACCACUGUACACGCGUAAAAUAAACACGAUUUUUAAAGAAUUUUUUUGUAUAGAAGGAAAGGGGAAACAAUCACUCUGAUUUGGGAAGUUAUUACUUAUAUACUAAAAUAUAAAACUACAAAGUUUGAUCGAAAAAUUUUACAAAAUGGCGGCAUUGGAGACAUUUUUGUUAUGUGGUUUCUCUUGAAGGAGCUCCGCGGCACGCAGCACAGAGGGUGCAAAUUUUAAUCUGGAACAAAGAAACAUUUUUUUCUUAAUCUAGAUAAGAAUAGCUAGAGAAACACGUAGGGGAUUUAAAAAAUAUUUAUUUUUGUGGAAUUAGCAAGCAUUUGAAGGAAAAAACUAUUUUGGACUAAAAAAACGGCACUUAAAUAAUUAUAACAAUCGUUUAAAUUAAUCUAUCGAAAAUCCCCUACGCUCUUCUCUUAAGAAGGUUAUUAUACAGACGUAGUGAAAAACCUGAUUAAAAAUAUUUAAAAUUGUUUGAGUUAUGCUGCGUGCCAAUUUCAGAAAACGUGUUUUGAGAAAAACGCGUUUAAAGUUUGGAAAUUUGGAGAAGCCGUUAGGUAGCAGUCACUAACGCUUGGUUAAAAGCUUAAAAUAUUUAUGAAAUAGACUUCGGUAACGUAUAAAACUUUUUGUUCUGUAUUUUAAAAGGUUCAAAGAAUUUUUUAAGCUUACAAAAAAAAAUCAAUUUUUUGAAAUUUCUACAGUGGUGUUACCCCUUAAGAAUCAUAAAAUCUAAACCUUGCACGAAUUUAUUAUUGGAUUUAACGAAUAAACUUAUGCUUCUAAUCUAAUCAGAGUUUUUUAUUAAACAAAAGGUCAUUUUUACACUAUGUAGUAGGUAUGCAUUUAUACACAAAUUAUUUGUGUAACAAAUACCGAGUAAUACCAUCAGUUGAGCUGCAAACAAAUUUAGUUACAUCAUUA